UGGGGUGGUUCGACCCGGAAGGGACUGCAAAGACUAGAGAAGGGCAGAGGGCCGACAAGGAAGGGCAGGAUACCAGUACGGCGGGCGAGGCAGUAGCUCCGAGGGUGGCCUUAGGAAGAUGGUGUCAUCCCUCACGCGGGCACUAAACAAAAAUCAAGGCUACCUCGCGGACGCUAAGAAGAAGUUGACAUUUGACGGGGCAGACAUUACGGAGUUCCUAAUAGAUUACGAGAACCUGACCGCACUGUUAAAAUGGAGUGAAGAGGAGAAGAUGGACCACCUAGGACAGCAUGUGUCGUUGAGCCUGGGACGAGACAUAAUUACCAUUGUGGCCGCGAGCUGGUCUUGGAAGGAGACCCGGGAUGUAAUGAUGAGAAAGUACCUGGCGGCGGAAAAAAUGGCAACAGAGGCAGAUUUAGCAGCAGUGCAAAGGAAGAACUUUGCAACGUACAAUGACUUCCUGCGAGAGUUUACCCUGGUAGCACUAAGGAUCCCCGGAGUAAUGGACCGAAUAAUGAGCAAGUAUUUCCUUAGGCAGUUUUCCGAGUUCGACAAGGACAAGAUUCUGUCGGCCUACCAACGGACGAGCAAGUUUGUAAACACCAGGGAUGUGGAUUUCAGUACGGUCAUUAAAAGGGGAGAUAUUCGGACCACAGGGAGAACUGGUGAACUGGAACUCACCGGGGGAAUGCGGCGCGCUGUUAUCAUUCUCAAUGGGUUAGAGAUAGUCGUGGUAGAGGCUGAACCAGUGGCCGAUAUCGUCUGGGACCAACUUCGAGGGCGCGGAGCGCAGGUCAACUUCAUCCUAGAAAGCGAUGGACGCGAUAGGGUGAACGCGACUACUCGGUCAGGAUUGGCUGAAAGAAGGAUUAUUCGUGACGCUGUGAUGGAGGAAGCCGCUGAAGGGACCGCAGCCCAAGCAGAGCCCGAAACUGGGGAACCAGAGAAAGUUUACAGGAAACCUAGGGAGGAGGAGCCUACGGACAAGGUCACCGCAACCAAGAAAAAGUUUAGGUAUCAGAUCCCGAUCCUAACCAUGCUUGAGAUGGACGACACCCUUAGCAAACUGCUAGGAACCAUGGUAACAGUAUCGUUUCAGACCAUGUUGCAAGCCAGCCCCAGACUGCUCAAAGGGCUUAGGCAACUGUUGACUCGCCGACGAGUAGAGAUAGACGAAAAUCCGGAACCGCAAGAAGAGGAAAGGGAGGAGGAAGUUCCGCAAGAGGUCGCUAAUCUUCAAAGGAGUCCCGGGGAUUUGGAGGAUCUAGAGGAGGCCUUUGCAGACAUCUGCCUGAACUUGCCGGACCGAGAAGGUGGCAAGGUCAUGAGGGCACCACCCGGAACGAAGCUUAGCUUCCACGCACUCCCGGUAGGAAAGUUGAAAGUCCAGAUCGGGACUCAUCAUACCGACGCAUUAGUAGACGGGGGAGCGGAAAUCACUCUCAUAAGAAGAGACUUUGCAACGAUCACGGGCUUUACGGUAAAUAAGGAAGCAAUAGGGAGCAUCUGGGAAGCCGGUGGGGAAAUUUCAUUCGCUGGGUAUGUCACGAAAUGUGCGGUCAAGGCAGGACUUGGGCAGUCGAUCUGGUCGUUCCAGCGGAUGACCGUAAUGGAGGAAAUGGACCACGACAUAAUCCUCGUGAGACCAUGGUUAGAUGACGAUCCGCGUAUGACCACGGAAGAAUUAAUUGAGGCAAGAUAUCAACAGGUCCUUAGGAACGAAGAGGUCAUGGAAGACAUCGCCAAUCGGGUACUAGACAGCAAAAUGAGGGAAAAAGCAAGGUGGGACCAGGAUCAGGGAAGAAACCUUACAAAAGCAAAAAUGGAAUUUGGCAACGAGAAUGACAGCGGGGCAAUCAACAGGCCUAGCGAAGGGGGAGGAGCGGGACCAAGUCGAGAGCGGAGGACUGCCAAGAGAAAAUUGUACAUAGGGUAUAUGUCCAAACAAGUGGUAGGCAGGGGAGCGAGAAACCGCGUGUGUAGAGGGCCUUCGCCCCUUCGGAAGGGAGAGGGUAUAUAUAUCUCAUCCGGAAGUGAGAGUGAGGAAGAAAGGGUGAGUGUGGGAGAAAGGGGCAGAGCAGAAGGAGAAAAGAUUCGGGCCUCUGCCGAAGGAAGGGCCGAAAAGUGCGAGCAGCAUGAGCCUUGGCAUGGGGAGAACGAGGGAAGUCAGGACAUGUGCGAUGGAUGCGAGGAUGGGAAAGAGAGAAGGGAGAGCCCGCUUGGAGAGCGGAGUGGCCAUGACAGUUGUGAUGGGAGAUACCCGGACUUCGAGGAGGGAUAUGGGAGGAGGAAAGAAAUCCCUUACAAUCUGGACCCAAGGAAUUUCAUGGGUGAGUUCAGCCCGGUGCGAACGGAAGAGAAUGUGGACGAGGAGGAAGAGGCGCAAGAGGUCAUCGAGAUUAGCAGUGGCGACGAAAGGGAUGAGAUCUCAAGGCCCAAAGAAGAGAGGCGACCCCCGAUGCAUCAGCCACGCGAACGAGCCUUCACAUGGGAAGAUGAGUUUGGACCGACGCCCAAUCAUUGGUUUCAACAAUGGCUCAUCGAUGCACAAGCGAAGAUCCUUGUUCUUCUUCCGUACGACGAGAACUGGCGCACCGUAUGGUGGGUGUUGUUGACUAGUGCAAACCUAAGCAAGUGGGCAUGGGGCGAGCUGGUUAAGAAGGAUACGGACCUGAAGGUUUCAAGUUUUGAGACUACAGAUGGCAGAUCCUAUCUAGUCGAUACUACAAUGCCGAAGAUGACGACAACAGCUCUCCCGAAGUACGAGCAGAUAGCGGUCAAUGCCGCACGUUUCCAGCACCAGCUUGGCGUAGAAGCCAUGUCUGCGCAAGCGGUCAAGGACAUGGCGGAGGUGUCUGAGAUGCUCCUCAAGGGUACGACUGUAGACCAAGAUAUCGUCGAGGUAGAUGAGAACGUACUGCUCCAGGGUGUCCCUGAAGAUGUCGUUCAUCGCCCUCUGAAAGGUAGCGGGUGCAUUGGUGAGGCCGAAUGGCAUCACCGUGAACUCGUAGUGGCCGAAUCGCGAUCGGAACGCGGUCUUUGGCUGGUCGGCUACAGCGACGCGGAUGUGAUGGUAACCGCUAUGAAGAUCAAUCUUCGUAAAGAAGCGGUUGCCUUCUCGGCGGUCGAACAGCUCAUCGGAACGAGGCAUGGGGUAGUUGUUCUUAGCCGUGUAGCGGUUGAGACCGCGAUAGUCGAUGUAGAGACAGAGAGUUCCAUCCGCGUUGCGAGCAAAGAGGACGGGUGCACCCCACGGGGAGUUGCUGGGUUUAAUGAAACCCAGUCUCAGGAGCUCCUCAAGCUGACGCUUGAGUUCGGUGGCCUCGGGGAUCGAGAGUCUGUAGGGUGCCUGGUGGUGAACACGAUAGUCAGGCACAAGCUGAAUGGAGUGCUCGACGUCACGCAUCGGUGGGAUGCCGGCGUACGAGAACGACGAUGGGAAAACGCCGUGGUACUCUCGGAUGAGGUCACGAACUGCGGGCUCCAGCGAGAGGGGGGAACCGCGAUGGAGAUGUCGGGAAGCCCACUACUGAGGAGGGCGCAGGUGUACACUGCACCGUGGCUAGGAGGCGCCGCUGGGAUGCGAGGCGCCGGGGGGGGACUGAGCACGACGGUGGCGGGAAAGGUCAGUGUAGUGGCGGUCAAGGGCGGUGGUAUAAGGGCACCGCGAGGAUGUAUGACCGUCCUGACGGCAUCGCAAACACCCACGUCGGCCCAUAACAGUCGCGCGCUCCUCAGCGAAAAGGACACCGCGAGGAGGAACAAAGCCCUGAGGGAGGUCCUGCUGAGGGACCUCGGGGGGCGAUGCGCCAGCGUGACCAGGGCCGCUGCGUGCCCGGGAAAGGGUGGAGAAGAUAAGCUGGAGGCGCUCAGUCAUAGGGAGAGUAGGGUCCUCCAGGUGGUGCUGGACGGCAUCGCCGAGGUCGAGGUCAUCGCUAUGAUCACCCUCUGGCGACGACGGGGCAAUGGCGAGGGCGACCGCGGAAAGGGGAACGACGCUGGGAAGUGCCGUGAGAGGAGGAGGAGGCGUAACCCGUGCGCUGAGGUUGGGAGGAGGCGGCGGGGUGAAGACGGGAUCGCAUCCGCUCAUGGUUCCUGGCGGCCUCGUAAGCCUGCGGGGCCGAUGUGAACUCGUACCGCCAUAGCUCGGAGCGG